UCGCUGCAAGAGGCCGUGCCGGGCCCGGGUGCUGCGGGCGCGGCGGGCCGCGGGGUACGGCGGUGAGUUCGGGGAGGGCAGCCCUGCCCCCUUCCCCCUGGUCCGCCCCGGGCCCCCCGAGCGGCCGUGCCGGCGUGGCGUGGCGGGGCUCCUGUGGCCCAGCUGUCGCCUGUACGUCCCCACGCAGCACUGCCCGUGAGGACGCCCCGGCGCUGCGCAGCGAUGGCCGCGCCCCGCGGGACCGCCGCCUCCUGGAGACGGGCGCUGCUGGCGCUGCUGGCGUCGCAGGCCGUGACCCUGGCGCUGGGCCUGGCAGACGACGACGUCCCCGAGCAGUGGCUCCUCCUGCACGUAGUCCAGGGCCAGAUCGGGGCCGGCAACUACAGCUACCUGCGGCUGAACCACGAGGGCGGGGUCGUGCUCAGCGUGCACAGCCUGCGCGGGGACGCCGACCUGUACGUGUCCGGCAGCACCCUGCGCCCCAGCUUCGACGACUACGAGCUGCAGUCGGCCACCUGCGGCCGCGACGUGGUCGCCGUCCCCGCGCACUUCCGGCGCCCCGUCGGCGUCGGCAUCUACGGACACCCGUCCCACGACACCAGCGACUUCGAGAUGAAGGUGUACCUGGACCGCACGGCCGAGCCGCGGCCGCCGCGCCAGGCCGCCCCCGGGGAGAACGCGGACGGCUCGGGGCCGGCGCCGGAGGAGGAGUCCGUGCUCUGGACCGUCCUCAUCAGCAUCCUCAAGCUGGUGCUGGAGAUCCUCUUCUGAAGGUGACCCGACCGAAAGGCCAGACCCGACGCAAACGAAGCCAUACAGUCUUGUUACCUCAGUUAUCCCAAGUAGGAAAAGCACUGGGCACAGUGUCUGUGUUCCUUUAAAGAUAAGAACUCCUAGAAAAGGAAUAUGCUCAAUAAAAUGCUUGAACUCCAUUUUGGUAAGGUUAUCAGCUGACAAAAGAUAAUUGCAGUAACUUAGGUUAUGGAAAUCAAAAACAGCUUUUCGUGCACUUAACAGAUCCGAUCAAAAAUUGGUAACUUGAUAGUUACCUGAAUGAAGUUCCACGUUAAGUUUUUAAGAGUCACUGAAUCAAGUGAGAAUAUAAUUACACACAUUUUCCUGAGCACAGACUUUGUCCUGGCCUACAACCCCCUACAUGGCUCCUCCUCUCCAAACAGGGUUUCCUGCCAGGCAGGUAUUUGCAGACACUGUGUUCCACCUGCACCAAAUCUUUUUAGGUCAUUUACCAGUUUAUCAUCCUGGACUACCUAUGAAUUAACAAUGCUUAUUAUUAAGUAACUUUGUUGUACUACUUAGGUAGAACAGAAACAGACCACAGAUAGGAAAGAUUUGCAACAAUAAUAGUAACUUUGCAGGCUCAUGGAGGAAUAAGAUUUUUCAAAUUACUAAAUAUUUCUACUGAAUUUGGGAAGAAAGC